UAUGCAAGAUCCUGCUUGUAACUACGUCAUUCCGCUGCGACACGAUAGUAUCAGAAACGGUGAACGAAUUCUAUUAAAGUGCAAUUUUGUGUUUGGGAGUUGAACAUAAUGGCAUUGGAAACGGUCCCAAAAGACCUGCGCCACCUGCGAGCUUGUCUUCUUUGUUCGUUAGUUAAGACCAUUGACCAGUUUGAAUAUGACGGCUGUGAUAACUGUGAGUCGUACCUCCAGUUUAAGGGCAACAGAGAGAUGGUUUAUGAAUGCACAAGCUCCUCGUUUGAUGGCGUUAUAGCCAUGAUGAGUCCUGAAGACAGCUGGGUGGCUAAAUGGCAGCGAAUAGGCACCUUCAAGCCAGGUGUAUACGCAGUAUCGGUAACAGGGAGACUACCUCCAGGUGUGGUGAGGGAGUUGAAAAGCAGAGGAGUGAUCUACAAAUCCAGAGACACAGCAGUGAAGUCGUAACCUUGGCUGUUUCUCGUUCAUGCCUUGUCAGAGCCCCGUGUCUGUGAUGUCUUAUCAAACUGUUAAAUGUUUGUUCUUUUUGUCAUGCUUCAUACCAUUAACGCAAAUUACAAAACAUAAAAAAACUUAUUUCUUUGGAUAAUUGAGGAAAACAAUAAAGGUCAUUUUUAUAAGAAAUGA